AGGCGGGGCCCCAGCGGCGCCCUUCCGCCCUGCCCCCGCCCGCCGGAAGUGUGAUGUGUCCGUGAGCGGGUCGCCAUGUCUGCCAUCUUCAACUUCCAGAGUCUUCUGACCAUAAUCUUGCUGCUCAUAUGUACCUGUGCCUAUAUCAGAUCCUUUGCUCCCAGCUUACUGGACAAAAAUAAACCUGGAUUUUUGGGAAUAUGCUGGAAAUGCGCCAGGAUUGGUGAACGGAAGAGCCCCUACGUGGCUGUGUGCUGUGUCAUGAUGGCCUUCAGCAUUCUGUUUGGACAGUAGCAACUGGAGAGUGUCCCCACAGCCUACCACCAAACAGAGCAUGAAAGAACUUCUAACAGGAAAACAUGGGAAAGCGUCAUCAAGUCUCCUCUCACACAUUGGAAAGCCUCUCUCUUAGUGGACACUCCUGGGCAAAUGGACCAUCAUGUACAGCAUUAGUGAUCAUAAUGUAACUAACUGAAGGAGGCAUGUACUACUUAAUGUCAAAUCAGUACUGACACUCUUGAUGUGGCUUUUGAAAGGAUGUCUGCUAUAUGUCUGAGUUUCAGGCAAGGUUUUUGUACACCACCUUGAGAAGGCUUUUAGUUCUUUAUUUUAUGGACCUAUUUAAUAAAACUCAAAAAUGAUAAAUGGAACAAUAACAGUAAGACCAGUCUUGCAAGAAUAAAGAACAUUGUGACUCUAGGAAGUAUGUACAAAAGUAUUUUUCGGUUCUUACUGUCUGAGCAAUUCCUGUCAUUUUGUGAUAGUGAUACUCAUAUACUAAAAAUAUGACUUCUGGCCUAAGUUACAUUAAGCUUCAUUAAACUUCUGAU